UCAACUGUGCUCUACCAUACCCUCUCAUUAACAAAGCACAAAAGGAGAGAAAAUCGCGGUGAUGGCGAGGAUAAUCCGUUCUUCAACAUCGACCUUGUGUUCUCCUUUUCGAUCGCAACAACGUAGGGUAGACUCGACGUCGUAUUUUGCUACAAUUAGAAACAAUCACAAGACAGUAGCAUGCCAAUACYUUCGWUUCAGAUCAUCCGCCUUUUCCACAACUGGAAAUAAGAACCUAGAUACUGCCAGAAACUCUUGGGGGAAUGAUUAUGGUGCCGAAGUGCAACGGCUAAAGCAUCUACGCAAUGUUGGUAUACUUGCACAUGUCGACGCUGGUAAGACGACCGUCACGGAGCGUAUGUUGGAACUCGCUGGAGUAGUUCGAAGCGCUGGUUCUGUCGACGAUGGAAACACGGUGACCGAUUUCUUACCYGCAGAGCGCGAGAGAGGGAUUACAAUUCAAAGUGCUGCAAUAUCAUUUGAAUGGGGAUGGCAUAACAACGAAAAGGAAACAUUAUCUACAGAUAACGAAGUUGCCGGUGACGAUUGGAAACAAAAUGAUAAUGUUUCGAUUCAGGUAAGUCGAUCUGAAUCGAGUCAUACAGUAUCAAGCAAUCCCGUUCAUUAAACGUUGACCUCUGGGAAAGAACGUUCGAUAUAACAUGCUUGGAAACCAAGUAAUCCCGGGUGUUUGACUUUCUCGUUUUCCGUMACAAUUGCUGACGCCCUCAUACACACAUACGUCACAUAUAGAUCAUUGACACACCGGGGCAUGUUGAUUUUUCUGUUGAAGURAAUCGCAGUGUUGCUGUGCUCGAUGGCGCUGUUUUAGUAGUAGACGCAGUAGCUGGAGUUCAGGCGCAAACUGAAACAGUUUGGAGAGCAAUUACAAGGCCAUCUUUGAACAAUCACAUAAUGCAAGACGAUUCAUCAACUACUAGAAGCGACAAUUCACAGAACGGAAAACAUGAUCAUCUCAGCCAUGAACCAUUACCUUGCUUGGCGUUGGUAAACAAAAUGGAUAAGGAAGGAUGCCAUUUUGGGAGAGCGAUACAAUCGCUCCGUGAAAAACUUCCUGGCGCCAAUCCCAUUCCCAUACAAAUUCCUCUUUUUAGCACGGGGAACUCACGCCUCAGGAGUGACAUGAUCAAAUCACUUGGAAUCUACGAUCGACUUCCGUCCAACGUUGUGGCAGUCUCAGUAGAGGAUACAAGCACGGCCACUGGAGAAUUUGUUGGGGUCGUAGAUGUCAUUCAAAUGAGAGCAAUCAUUUGGCCUGACGACAACAAUGGAAUAGAUGUGGAACAUUGCAGUCCAGCUGUAGUUAAUUUACUACAAUCUGACAUGCUCAGUCCAUCGCACGAGGAUUGUCCAGUGACMCAGGAAGCCAUCCAUGCUCGACUGGAGUUCGUUGAAGCUCUUGCUGAAGUAGAUGCCAGAACGGAAGAAAGUUAUCUAAACGAUGAGGAUCCUAGCUAUUCAGAACUAUUUGCCGCCCUUAGACGAGCAACAAUAGCGCGGAAAGCGGUACCAGUAAUGGCUACCGCUGCCCUAAAAGGAAAAGGAUUGGAACCCCUCUUGGAUAGCAUUGCAGACUUUCUCCCUUCGCCUCUCGACAGGACACCGCCGGCGUUACACAAUUUAGACAGGAAUGGUCAAAAGGGAGAGUUAAUUAACAGCCAGCCAUCAAAAGAAGAUGAACUCAAUGAGAGAAAACCAUUCAUAGUUCCACGUGGUCAUCCGUUGGAUAAAUCUUCAUUGGCACUAGCAUUCAAAGUCGUGCACAUGAAAGGUAGAGGCAGCGGUGAUGGUCGCGUUGUUUUUGCAAGAUUAUAUUCUGGGAAACUACGCGAUCGCGAACAGCUCCAAGUUAUUACACCACCUGCCCCAGGUGAAUUAGCAGCCGAAGUACGUACUGAAAGAGUAGGCGGGAUGCUCGAACUCGCUGGUGGCCGUUUUGACAACAUCGAAGGUGGCGAAGUCAAGAGCGGCGAAGUCUGUGCUCUUGUCGGUCUUAAAACAGUAGUGACAGGGGACACUUUGAUGUUGGCGUCAUCCAGUCAAAAACAAAAGAAAGGAGACAAGAACAWUAGUAAUGAUUUGGUGUAUUUGGCUGGAGUUGCAUCUCCCAAACCGGUCAUAACUGUUCGUCUUGAGUCAGAUACAUCUCAACAGCAAGCACGACUUUCAGAGGCAUUGGUACUGAUGGCAACUGAGGAUCCGAGUCUCUUUGUGGAAGAGACCGAGUCAGCAACCCUUUUGUCGGGAUUAGGAGAACUUCAUAUUGAAGUAACUCUUGAUAGGCUACGUCGAGAAUUCGGAYUACAGGUUAUGGUCGGUCCUCCUUCUGUUGCUUACCGCGAAACAGUGAAAACAAAAGUGGAAACCCUCGGUGGCCUGGUUGAAUAUGAUCGCACCAUAGGAUCUACACGGCUACAAGCUGCUGUUCAUYUGACCAUAAAACCAAAUCACCGCAGGGAUUCUGAUUGUGGAGAYAAUUCUUGUAUGAUGUUGACCGACCCAAUUGUGACAGUAAGUCCCAAGGCACGCGAGUUUUUGGGAUUGAAUCAAGACUUGAGGGAAGAAGAGUUAUUAGGCAAGAGUAGCAUUGCGAAAGCAUUGAUCCAAGGUUGCCAAGGCGCUCUUAAGCGGGGUUUAUUGAAGUCAGCGGCAAUGACGAAUGUCAUAUGUCACGUUGAAAACGUCGAUGCAGAAGGUGGGCUCGCUGCUCUUACAGCUCUUCCCGGAUCACUUCAAGCUGCAGCGGCCAACGCUGUUGCACUUUGYCUCCAUCAGAAUGAAAGCGACUGUGCUAUUUUAGAGCCGACCGUUUCUGUUGAAAUCAUAGUUCCGAACGAUAUGGUGGGUACAGUAUUGUCUGAUUUAAAUAAUAGACGCGGGAUUGUUGGGGAUGUUGUUGCUGGAGAUGGAAUUCACGGGAAAUCGCUUGUUCGCGGAAGCGUUCCUUUAGUUGAAAUUCUCGGCUAUGCCAAAAGCUUACGCAGCAUAACAGGAGGAGAAGGGGCGUUCACUUCCGAGUAUCGUGGGCACUCCUUCUGUUAGGGUUGCAAAUUGGAGAAAAAGGACACAAUUUAUUUCGAACCUUAUUAUCUACGUUUGCCCUUGGGUUUUGUUAAUAAGCRUGUAAUACUUUCACCACUGAAAUUGAAAUUCGUGUUCAAUCAAAACGAGAUCUCUUGUUCCCAGCACCUACUGGCUGGUGUAGAUCGACAGGUCGUUUGUGGCUUCGGCUAGAGUCUGGACUAAUCUGCUUCGAUCGAUUGUAUUUGUUUGAACCUCGGAAAUCAUUAGUUGUAAUGCCUUCGUCUUCUUCACAGUCGCUAUCAUCUCUUGUCGAAAAUUUGAAUUCCUUCGCUUUUUCGAUUUCAUCUGCCAAUUUGUGUUCGCGAUCUGCAAUCCUGAUUGCAAUGUCAUAACUUUUUUCCAAGUUGAGUCGGCUGAUGAGGUCAAAUGC